AUGGUUGCUCUAAACCAAGAGACUUUCCCUGCUAACUCCUCUGAAGAGACUGAAAGUGUUGCUGUUGCUAACGAAGAAGUGGAUCUUCCUGAGCUCAGCACUGAACAAAAGAAGGAAGCUGUUAAGGAUCUGCUAGCUCAAGGAAAGCGUGAUUUCAAAGCGGGCGACUAUGAAGCGGCGGCUGACAAACUUAGCACAUGCGCCAACUACUCGGCUGAAGUUUACGGUGUGUUCGCUAGUGAGUCGUUUGAUCCUCACUACUAUUAUGGCCAGUGCCUCAUCGAAUUGGGUCGCAUCGAGGCUGAUGUGUUGAAAAACGCUAUGACUGAUAUGCCUGAAGCUGAUGAAGAGGAAGAAGAAACGGAAGAAACAGAGAACGGUACUGAAGAAAAGGAGCAAGAUAAGGAUGAGACUAUCGGCGAUACGGAUAAACUCACUGAAAGUGAGCGAGAAGAGAUAAGAGAACAGGUAGAAGAAGCACUCGCGGAAAAUGCUGAGGAGUUGGAAAAGGCUCAGGCUGCUGCCAGCGGUGAUAGUGAAGUAAAAGUAGAAGAAAAGGUCGCGGAGGGGUCAGAAAAGGAGGCGGUCGAAGAAGAAAGUGUGACUGAAUCUGACAGCAAAGCUGAAGAGAGUGAGGAGCCAGCGGUUCCUGAUUCUACUGAGUCUGCUGCUGCCGAGGUUCCAGAAGUACCUGGUGUUGCCGAAGUGCCUGCCGUUCCUGACGCUGCUGAAUCCACAGCCGAUGAACCAGCUGUACCAGAUGCUACCGAAUCUGCUGCAGAACCUGCCUCCUGUGACGAAAAGCCUGAGGCGAUGGAACUGAACGAAGCAGGUGAUGCAGAAGCAGUGCCUGCUGUGACAGAGACCGACGCUGAGGCAAAGGACGACACAGAGGAGGAACCAAGUAAUUUCCAGGCUGCCUGGGAGGUAUUGGAGGUAGCCCGAAACAUCUGUGACAAGCAAGAGCCUACGAAAGAGUGGGAGUUGAAAAAGGCGGAUGUCCUGUUCUCACUUGCGGAGUGUUCGAUUGAGGAGGAAAACUACAAACAGGCCCUGGAUGAUUUGACGAGUGCCCUACAAAUCCAACUACAUCAUCUGCCACCUGGUGAUCGUGUUAUUGCUCAAACUUACGUCACAUUUGCCCGCGUUUACAAGCUGGACAAGGAGUUUACGUUAGCAGCUGAACACUAUCAGAAGGCAAAAGAUUGCCUCACUCUUCGCAUUGAAACGGUUGAGAAGACAAUCAGUGAUAUCAGCGAACCAGAGAAGCAAUCCGACAAAACUGAGUUGGAGAAGGAGCUGACGGAUCUGAAGGGUCUUAUUCCUGAUAUCGAACUGAAAAUUCAGGAUGCCAAUGAAAGUGCUGCGACUUUAGAGAAGGCUAAGGAGGAAUUGAAAUCUGCAUUCUCGGCUACACUGCCCAAAUUAGCUCCAGUAGCUGAUGAUGUCCCAGUUAACGACAUUUCAAACAUGGUCCGCAAGCCAACAAAGAGAACUGCCGAUGCGACAGCCGAAGUGGAAUCAGAAACUGAAGCUGUAAAGAGACCAAAAGCUGAUGCAGAAGAGGCCUCUGUCCCAGAUACCGCCACAGUUUAG